AUGUGGGCUUCACUCAUUAGCAGUGGAUUGAGAAUUCUGUACUGCCGCGUCGUUUAUCUGCCAAAACCGCUUCCGAUUAAACCUCUUUCUCUGGUGAAUUCUGGGAUCCAAACCCCAAUUUUGAUGGAUAGUUUCAAUAAAAACCCUUCUUUCACUGCUUCCUCUGGUUCCAGCAGAAGAGGACUGGAGAAGAACGAUAAUCGGGAAAGAUCAAAAGGCCGCAGUGGUGGCUCUUGCAAAGAUAAAAUUGAUGCUCUUGGCAGACUCCUAACGCGUAUAUUGCGGCACAUGGCUUCUGAACUGAAAUUGGAUAUGAGGAGUGAUGGAUAUGUCAAUGUCCAAGACCUGCUAAAACUAAAACUGAAAACCUUUGCCAAUAUUCCAUUACACUUGCAUACAGUUGAUGAUGUUAGAGAGGCUGUCAGAAAGGAUAACAAACAAAGGUUUAGCCUAUUGGAAGAAAAUGGGGAGCUUCUCAUACGUGCGAAUCAAGGCCACACCAUAGCGAUAGUUGAAACAGAGAGUUUGUUGAAACCUAUACUUUCACCUGAAGAAGUUCUAGUGUGUGUACAUGGGACCUACAAGAAGAACUUGGAAUCAAUUUUAGAACGUGGUCUCAAAUGUAUGAAGAGAUUACAUGUACAUUUCUCUUGUGGCUUGCCAACAGAUGGCGAAGUUAUUAGUGGGAUGAGACGAGAUGUCAAUUUGUUGAUCUUUCUUGAUGUAAGAAAAGCUAUGGAAGAUGGAAUGAAGCUUUACAUGUCGGAUAACAGGGUGAUCUUGACUGAGGGUUUCGAUGGAGUGGUUCCUGUGAAGUAUUUCGAGAAGAUAGAAUCAUGGCCAAAGAGAGAGCUUAUACCCUUUUAG